AUGGCUCAUAUAUGUCUUAUGGCUAAGACAGAUGAAAAGGCCAAAUUACAAGAAUAUGAAGAUGAGUGUAUAGAUAUCCAGGAAGAUUUAAAGGAGCUACACAUGGCUAAAACGCAAAGAGACAAGGCACUUGACACUUACAAAGAACACAGUGAAUGGAUGGACAAUAUGAGAUUUGAUAUUCAAAAUAGGUUUUGUAGUCUUUUUUAUGACAAUAUGAAUUUGAAAGAAAAUCUUGAAAGACUAAAACCUAACAACACUCUUUUGAAUGUGGAACUGUCUUUAUUUAAAAUUAGUGAAGUAGCUCCUAACUCUGAAGUUCCUCUUCGUGAUCAGUAUUCAAACUUUUUAGAAGAUUUAAAAAUGGAUAAAGCUAAUCUGAAGGGGAACUUGAAAGAGUUAGGAAGGAAACCCAUGAGGGUUCUUGAUACUAAAUUCUUUAUUCAGGUUCCAGUGAGAGGGAACAACACUUGUAAAUGCAAGAUCAUUCACAAUGACAUUGGGAACACUAUAUUAGAAGGAACUCAUAAAGGGAACAAAUAUAUUGUGGAUCUAAACGAGGUUCCUAACAGUAGUUUAACAUGUCUCAUUGUUAUUAAGGAUGAUCCUCUUUUGUGGCAUAAAACAUUUGGUCAUGCAAGUUUUACCUUGCUUGACAAGCUUAGAUCCAAGGAAUUAGUAGAAGGUCUUCCUUGCAUAAAGUUCCUAUAUGAUAAAGUAUUUCAUGCAUGUGUCAAAGGUUUACUUGGGUGUUCUUUCUUGUUACCAAAGAUGAAACGUUUCAUGAGUGUUGAUGCUUAA